UCUUGUUCCCAGCCAAAAUAUCUAAAAAUUCUUAUAUCAAGAAGGAUUUUCUAGACAAGUAAAAUUACUGUCUUGUUUUCAGAAAAAAAACAAGUCAAAAUUAAGUGAUUUUUUUGCUUAGAACAAGCAAAAUAAUCUGCCAAUGGGGUAAGAAAAAUAAUCUUGUUUUCGGUUUGAAAACUAUGAUUACUAAGUCAUGGUUACCACAAUUUUACUGAAGUAUUACUACAAUAUUACUAUAGUAGAAUAUUGCAUCAAAACCAUGGUUUGGAAAAAACAAACAAACAUGGUUACUACAAUCAUGCUUACUACAGUUUUACUAUAGUAAAACCAUGGUUAAAUGUUGUAUAAGUGUAGCACUUUUCACAAUACUUAUUUCAAAGUAGGUUUACAGAAAUUGCAUGUUUCAAGGUUCAAUUUAAAAACAUCCUGUUAGCAGGGGAUAAUCGUACUCUCUUCACCUCUGCAAAUGAUUCAGAAUGCAGCAGCACAUCUUGUUUUCAAAUGAGCCCAAGACAGCCCUUGUCACACCAUUUCUCGUCUCUCUGCACUGGCUUCCAAUUGUGGCUUGCAUCAAGUUCAAGACAUUGGUGCUUUCCUACAGAACAACCACGGCUCUGCACCCCCUACCUCCGCUCUCUCUUACACAUCUAUACCCACUCGAGAAUCCUGCAAGAGCAAUGAGCAGAGCCUCAUUGUUCCUUCGCAGAGAGGCACAAAAUCACUCUUAAAGACGUUUCCUCACUGGUGGAAUGACCUACCUAACACCAUACGGACAGCUGAAUCCCUCACAAGUUUCAAGAAACAACUGAAAACUCAUCUCAUCCAUGCAUCUAAAAAUAUGAUAAACUGAAGACCUGCAUAACGGGCACUUCUCGUGUUUAUUGCCAUUUUAUAAUGAUGAAUCGCUUGUUGUUUUCCUGCCAAAUGAUUAAAUGUAAAUUAAUCUUAUUUGACUUUUCAUACAUCGGUUUUGAUCGAUUGAUUUACUACUUUAUUUCAUUCUAAAGCAGUUUUAGAGAGGAAGUCAAACUCUAAAGUUCAUUGCAGCAGAACUGGAAGAAACCUUUCAUCUACGAACUAAACACACAUCUAAUCAAUGGCUACAUACAAGACGUUUCUUCACUCAACAGAUCAAACUACUUUUCUGAGGAAAAACAACCACACGAGGUUUCAGUAUGACUCAGUAUGAGCUGCUAGAAUCACGCUUCAGUAAAACUGCCAACGUUUUUGUUUUAUUUUUCCAUAUACACAGUCACUGAUAUAUAUUCCGUUUAAUUAUAACAUAAGUCAGUAAGAUCCAUGUUACCAUAGAAUUCAAGGAAAUAUACCACUUUUCUAUUAUUAGGAGUAGUAACUAAUAUAGUCAGACAACUAUACCUUUCAGACAUUAUCAAAGUUAAAUGAUCAAGAUCAAGAUUGUUUUCCACUGUCAGGAACAGUUAAAGUCAAUAAGAAGUCUACAGGACAGAAAACCAUUUAUAUGUAACUAUAUAUAACAUGCACACAGAGCAUGUGCAUUGAACUAGGAGGGUCAAAGCCUGUUGUGGGAGGAUUCAGACAGGUUGAGUGUUUUCAACAGAUAGUCUUAUUAGCUCAGACAUCGAACAACUGAAGAAAAUGUUUGUUUUGUUCUGUUUCUGCUGGUGGAGUCUGAUCAGUGUUUUUGUUGCUCUGACAGAUGAAAUACAGUCAGUGUCAGUGGUUGAGGGAAAUUCUGUCCUUUUACGCAUGGAUGUUACUGAAAUACAAGACGACGACAAUAUACUGUGGAAAUUUGGAGAUGACCAUUUUCUCAUAGCGAAAAUCAACAGAGAUAAGCAAAUCUUCUCCACAUUUGAUGGUCCUGAUGGGAGAUUCAGAGACAGACUGAAGCUGGACAAACAAACUGGAUCUCUGAUCAUCACAAACAUCACAACUGAACACGCUGGACUCUAUCAACUACAGAUAAUUGGUGCAAAAUGGUCAUCAAAAACAUUCAAUGUUUUUGUCUAUGGUCAUCUACCCACUCCUAACAUUACCAGAGAUUCUUCACAAAAUCUUUCAUCAUCAUCAUGUUCAUUGUUGUGUUCAGUGGUGAAUGUGGGUCAUGUGACUCUCUCCUGGUACAAAGGAAACAGUUUAUUGUCCAGCAUCAGUGUGUCUGAUCUCAGCAUCAGUCUCUCUCUACCUCUGGAGGUGGAAUAUCAGGAUAACAACACCUACAGCUGUGUGCUCAACAAUCCCAUCAGCAACCAGACCACACAUCUGGACAUCAGUAAACUCUGUCACACAUCUCCAGUUUCUCUGAUAGUGCUGGUUUCUGCUGUUGGAUCUCUGUUGAUUGUUGCUGCAGUCGUGAUGUGCUGCAUCUGCAGGAAAUGUAGAAAAACUGUUACUGCAGUUAAGACACUGGAGGAAGACAGAACUGAUUCAUCAAAAUCUCGAAAACCGAAAUCAAAGGCAAAUGCUGUGUAUCAAAAUGUCCCCAAAAAACGAUGAUCAAAUGCUGUAUCUACUGGAAUUGAUGCCAGAGUACAUAUGGGACAAUACCUCACUUUUGGUUUUAUUCACAUUUGUUUUCUUCAGGAUGUCUGUUCUGUCUUCACACUUUGUAUCACAUCUUUUGGUGUUAAUGCGAUGUCUGAAUUUUUGUUUUAAUUAAGUGGUUCAUCAGUAGCAUAGCAUCCAGAAACUCAACUAAAAUGUUCUAUUUUUAGUUUAUCACAUGGAAAUUUACCUAAUAUUUAUUAUUAAAUGUUAAUCACACCCA